UUGGACGCAGUAUUUGCAGCAUACUGCAGUUAUACUGCACUCUGACUGCAAACUUUUUUCGUAAGGGAAAUCACUCCAGUACUCAAUAGUCUAAUGUAGGCUAGCCUAUUUGCCCACUUCCUUAUUUAGUUGUGGCACAAAAAGGUGUUCCUGACUCAACUUGCACUCAUUCAUUGGGACUUUUUAGGGUGUUUUCACAUAUAGUCUGAUCGCAGUCCUCUUUUAAAGUGCUAAAUAACUCAGUUCUCUUUGUAUUCACACUGCCCUUGCCUUUGAAUGAGGACUCAACUAUUUUGCCAGUUCACUUCAACUAUUUUGUGGACCGAGUCCUCUUUGCAUUCACAUUGCUAUGUUUAGAAAGGAACCAAGAUAUUUCUCCAACAUGCACUCAGGGUUUUUACAAAGAGCAGGACAAGCCAUUCAAUCAGAAUGCGUUAUCGGACAGCUAGAUAUACCUACUUACAUUUUGGAAGCUAAUAGAUUGCAUUUAGUGAAAAUAUGAAACAUAAUAAUUGUAAUCAAAAUAGACUGUUAACAUGUACAUUUGAUUUGUAAUAGAAUAAAUAGCAAUAGAGUAACUGCAGAAUAAAUAAUGCUGUAAUUGAAAAUUGUACACUCAAGGUAGGCUACUGCCCCUUUAAGAACUAGAAUAGAUUUUGUACCCUAUGUUGUGAUUCUCACCAAAUAUGUUGUCUUCUCACACUAUUCAAACCCCACAAUCAAUAAACAGCUUAUGAAGCUCUCUUAGCCUAUAGAUCACAUAUUGCAAACAAAUAAUCUGAACUAAAAACCACACAUUUUGCAAUUUCUGUGCGUCCUUGACAAUCGCUAAUCAAUAUCCUAAAACAGCACACAUUUUUUCUGUGAACCUGCACAUCAUCAUAUUCUCUCUUUUGUGGCACCAAUAUGAGCGGUUAUGGCAGGGGAAACGGUGUUGCAGUAGUCUAGUGUGUGGUGCAGGAAUAAUGACAAGCGAACCUGGGGAGUGUUGCGUUCACAUUGUCCUAAAAAUGGGAACCGGACUGCACAAUUCAAGCAAACCGAACUCAGACCACCUCUUGAGAUGGUCUCAGUUCGGUUCGCUUUGGUUGCUCUUUUGAGGGGUCUGAGUUUCUUUGGAGUGUUCACACUGCACAAAAACUAAGCAAACCGCACUGAGUAAAACAAAAAUUGGCUGAAAGGGACCAAGUGUGAAAACACCCUUAGUGCAGGUACUCCAGUUCUCUACCAUUCUUGAUGACCUUUGGUUUAGGGUUCAAUUUCUAUGGCGCUUGGGUCAGCAUAUAGGGUUGGGCUGGUGUUUAUGGUUUGAGAUAACAUUCCAUUGUGCAUGUUUGGAUGCUGUUAUCAGUGGUAUGCCUGUUUUAAGUUUGGGAUCUGGGAAUAGUUGUUUUGACACAUUUCCUGCUUCUGCUUUCCUCAUUUAUUGUGCUCUUGUAUUCUCUUCUCGCUCUACUUAUUUCAUCAUCAUGCCAAUCAUCCUAAAAGCUUUUUAAUACUUUUGUGAAAUAUAAAACGUUUUGAUAUUUAGCUGUUUUGAAAAGGGCACUAUAACUUUUGUGUGUGUACACGUGUGUGUGUGUGUGUGUGUGUGUGUGUGUGUGAAUGCGGGUAUGUGUGUGCAGGGCUCAUCUCUUUCCCCAUGUCCUCUGGAGGAGGUCCCUACGGCCGCACUGAGCGUGUCCGUCAUGAACCCCACUACGACCAGGUCCCACCAGGCUCCCUACGCCGAGACGACCCCUUUGACCUUCAACCCUUGAGGUACCAGCGGAGCACCGAACUAGCCCUGAGCUCUGAUCCCCUUCCGCCCCCUCCCCUGCCCCACCACCCCCCUGUGGGGCCCGAGUAUGACCCCAGCGUCAGUGAGGACAACCCAGACCCUGACCCAAAUCCAGACCUCGAACUAGACCCUGACCUCGACCCUGCCCUCGACAUCAAACCGGUCCACCGUUUCAUCCCUGACUCUUGGAAGAGCUUCUUCCGAGGGACCAGCCUCCGCAGCAGCAAGCCCUGCCCCAUGCCUGCCUCUGCCUCUCCCUCCUCCUCCUCCUCUAACAACAACAACAGCACCAGUGGCGGGGUGCGCUGCUCGCCCCCGCACUCGCCCUCCCUGCCCAGAUCCUACCGGGACCCCUAUGGGGGGUCGGGGGGAAGCAGCUACAACUCCCGCAAGGAGCUCCUGGGAGUGGGCGACCACCAAGAGUCCAUUUCGGGACGCACGCUCCGCACGGCGCUUACCUACGGCGAGCGGGUGGAAGAGUACCACGAGCGCUACGGCUACAUGAAGUCCUGGGCGGGCCUGCUGAGGAUUCUGGGAUGCGUGGAGCUGCUGCUGGGCGCAGCUGUGUUUGCCUGCGUGUGCGCGUACGUGCACAAGGACAACGAGUGGUUCAACAUGUUUGGCUACUCCUCGCCUGGAAGUGCAUAUGGAGGCUACGGAGGGGGGAUGUACGGAGCGGGCACCGGAGGGUCCUACUACUCGGGUCCUCAGACCCCGUUUGUGUUAGUUGUGGCGGGGCUUGCCUGGAUAGUGACUGUGAUAUUGUUAGUGAUAGGGAUGACUAUGUACUACCGCACCAUCCUACUGGACUCCUCCUGGUGGCCGCUGACUGAGUUUACUAUAAACCUGGCCAUGGCCGUGCUCUACAUGGCUGCAGCUGUAGUCUACGUCAGGGACACCACCCGGGGCGGUCUCUGCUCCCUUCCCAUCUUCAACAAUGGCAUCAACGGGGCUUUCUGCCGCACCGAGGCCGGACAGACAGCCGCCAUCAUCUUUCUGUUCGUCACCAUGCUGAUCUACCUGAUCGGGGCCAUUGUGUGUCUGAAGUUGUGGAGGCACGAGCAGGCACGCAUGUACCGGGAGAAGUACGGCCUGGAGAUGCAUACGACAGAUUUCCCUGCGGCACGGUCUUUGAUGCCGGUUCCAGAUCCCGGGCCCAGGGUUCCAGAGCGAAUUCAGGGUUCUACUGUGGUUCCCAUCCAGGCUGCGGUACCCAAGGCAGGGCCACCGAAGGUUCUACAGGGAGCUAUCCCUUCUGGACACAUCCCCAAACCAGUUAUCAUGCCUGACUAUAUAGCUAAGUACCCAACCAUCUGUACAGUCGAUGAGCGUGACCAGUACCGGGCUGUGUUCAAUGACCAGUACUCUGAGUACAAGGAGCUCCACGCUGAUGUGCAGGCCACCACCAGGAAGUUUGACGAGCUGGACGCCAUGAUGCGUGCCCUACCCCAGCACCCCAACAGUCAGAUGGAGUAUGACCGCGUAAACAAAAUCCUUCAGGAGUACCAGAGGAAGAAAAAUGAUCCUACGUUCCAGGAGAAGAGGGAGCGCUGUGAAUACCUGAAGAACAAACUGGCCCACAUUAAACAGAAGAUCCACGAGUAUGACAAGGUCAUGGAGUGGAACGACGGCUACGCCUGCCUGAUGGAGAUGAGAGGAGGAAACCCGACACCCUUCACAUUCGGGGGCGGGGAAAUAGCUCAAACAGUUUUAUACAGAGAGACCCUUAGGGCCCCAGUGAAUUCAGGAAUGUCUUCCAAGCCCAACGGGAGUCCGCCUCCCUAUGAGUCAGAUGGAUAUCAUGAGCCACCCCAGCCAGCGUACUCCUACUACCCCGACGAUGAGUUCCAGCACUUCUACAAAUGGACGUCCCCCCCGGGCAUCAUCAAGCUUAUGUCCAUCAUCAUCAUCGUCCUCUGUGUGGCCAUAUUCGCCUGUGUGGCCUCCACGCUGGCCUGGGACAGCCAGGGCGCCAUGUCCGGCUUCGGGGGCUACGGGGGCUACGGGGGCAGCUCGUAUGGAGGCGGUGGUUACUCCGGUAGCUUCGGUGGUGGUGCCUAUGGCGCUGGUAACAACUACGGCUACGGCGGACUCGGCGGGAACUACAAUGACCCUCGUACAGGCAAAGGGUUCAUCAUUGCCAUAGCAGCAUUCACCUUCAUCACGGCCCUUGUCAUUUUCAUCAUCGUGGUGUCGAGGCAGGGCCUGUCGGAGUCCAGAAGGUUCUACCUGGCUGUGGUGAUCAUCUGUGCUAUCCUGGCCCUGCUUAUGCUCAUAGCGACUAUAGUGUACCUGGUGGCGGUGAACCCCAUGGCUCAAUCUACAGGAUCAAUCUAUGGGAGCCAGCUGGCAGGCCUGUGUGCCCAGUACCAGGGGCCCCAGGUUUCGGGAAUGUUGGUCAACCAGUAUCUCUACCAUUACUGUGUGGUGGAGCCACAGGAGGCCAUAGCGAUGGUGUUUGGCUUCCUGGUGGCGGCGGCUCUGAUCAUCAUGAUGGUGUUUGCCUUGAAGACGCGUCAGAAGAUCAGGAACUACGGCAAGUCCAACAUCCUGUGGAGGAAGGUGAAGAUCAUCAACGAGGAGGCCCCGCCCCAGGACGUGGAGGCAUGGGUGAACAAUGUGUCAGGUUUUCCUGAUGAAGGUGUGGUGUUGACCGAAUACCCAGAGAAGUUUGGAGGAUCCAGGAGUCACCUGGACGACACCAGCACCAACUACGACAAACCUCCCUACAGUGACAGCCCAGCUCCUCCAGUAGAGUGUGACUUCCCUGUGCGCAGGAGCGCCCCAUACAGCAGUGGCUCAGAGAUGGCCAGCUCAGCAGCAGGGAAGCCCAAGAAGAGACGGGCUGGUCGUCCUCGCCGUGCUGACGGACAGGAUACAGACUACGCUUCCUCUGGGGACGAGCUGGACGACGACAAUGACUUCGACAGUGAGUUCCCCACCAUUGCCAAUGAGCAGGAACGUGUUGACUACAAGCGUGAGUUUGACCGGGAUCACCAGGAGUACAAGGACCUGCAGGGAGAGCUGGACAUCAUCAACAAGAGCCUGUCAGAGGUGGACAGAGAGCUGGACGAGCUGCAGGAGGGAAGCCCCCAGUUCCUGGAUGCUAUGGAUGAGUACAACAGGCUGAAGGACAUAAAGAAGUCCGCAGAUUACCAGUUGAAGAAGCGCAGGUGUAAAUACCUGAAGGCCAAACUGUCCCACAUCAAGAGGAUGGUCGCUGACUACGAUCGCAGGGCCUGAACUUCCUGUCAUCUGACGUCAACCAGGAUACUACUUCCGGUUCAGAGUUGAUGCCAGAUGUAAUACUGGUGGUUUGAGUCAGAUUCUACUUAUUUAUUUGGCUCUGCUCUAGUGGCACUUAUAAUGAAGUAUAUUGAGCAUGCAUUCUAAGUGGUAUGCUCAUGUAGAUAUUGGAACGUAGCCUUUGUAAUUAGGUUUGUGGUUGGAGUAUACUGAGCGGCUUCACUGAGAAGUGUUUGUCCAAGGAUCUCCACUAUGAUUGGAUGGAUGUGCUAUGGAUCAGCCAAUUCAUAGUGUAUAUAUAGCCAGAGUAUACUACAAAGCUGUUAAAGUAUCUCACACAUACUUAAAUUUACAUUUUAGUCAUUUAGCAGACGCUCUUAUCCAGAGCGGCUUACAGUUAGUGAAUACCUUUUUUUUU